GUGGCAUAACUGUUGCAGUGUCGUUCUGAUGACCAUCCGGUAAAUGUAAGGAGAUCUAAAGGUGAUCUGAUAUCAUCAAAGACUGUUUGUCUUGGACUACAUUCCUGGUGUGAAGGGUAAUCCUACCAGGCAGCCUAUGAUGGAAAACUAACAACAUUAAGAACUUCAGGCAUUGGGUGCAGAACUCCAUGCAUUUUGAGAAGCCUCACACUUUUCCAAUCUGAAUGACGCCCCAAUGCCCUUGCAGUAGAUCCUGCGAGCUAAUCGGCUAGUUCACUCCCGGCAUACAGCUUGAUGUUAUCAUAUGGGAGGAUUUUCUCAUCAGCACUGGCAAGAUCUUUACAUACUGUAAUAACUUAUAACUGUGAGAGGAGUGCUUUUUCAUAAUGAGAGACAGAUUGGUGGAGUUGCAGCAGAAGGCUCAAGAGUUAUCUGUGGUUGCAACUGAGAAUACCGGUCCUUUCUCAGUGGAGGAUGAUGAUGACGACUCUGUGGCGUUUGGGGUCAUAAAGCCACAAGCUGUGGUGUUUGAGGAGGAGCCAGUCAUUCAGGACUUUCUGUCAGAGGUUGAGCAUAUACAAGAUGACAUUGCAGUGCUGGAAACAGAGGUCCUUAAGUUCACUCAACAGCAAAAGACCAUGGUGGCAACCAUGCGUCGUUUUAGUGUGAUGAAAAAAGAGAGCAGCAUAACACGAGACAUAAAGCUCAGGGCUGAAAGCCUCCACCGUCGUUUAGACAACCUUUCGAAACAGGUCCAGAAAACUAUGGAGCAGCAGGGACCUACUGCUGCUUUAACGAGAAUACAAAGCUCCCAACAUGCAGCACUACUCCGCCGCUUCCAGCAGGUAAUGCGAGAGUAUAAUGAAGGCCUGCUGACCAAGCAAGAGCGCUGUAAGCACUUCAUUAUCCGGCAGCUGGAGGUAUCAGGAAAACCUGUAACAGAGGAGGAGGUGGAUGAGAUGGUGGCCACCGGAAAUUGGGAGGUGUUCAACGAGAACCUGCUGAAUGAUGUCAGAAUCACGCGGACACAAUUAUCUGAGAUCGAACAGCGACACAAGGAGUUGUUGAGCCUGGAGAACAAUAUGAAGGAGCUUCGGGACCUCUUCAUGGACAUUUUCAUGCUGGUGGAGGAACAGGGGGUCUUUAUUGAACACAUUCAGACCAAUGUAGAGAUGACGCAGGAUUACGUGGUUGCAUCUAAUGAGAAGUUUAAGGCAGCUGCCAGGUAUAAGAAGAGGAACCCAAUUCGACAGCUUUGCUGUUGCUGCUGCCCUCCAUGGCGAUGCUGCUUGUAAUACAUAGAAUAAUUAGAAUCAUAGCUUAUUGGAAAACUGAUUUUACUUCAUUUUACCUGUUGGAAGUAAGUAACACUGGCUUUCAGUACCGCUAAAGUGACAGGAAAGGUACUGAACUUUUGGCUGUUGAACAGAGCAACAGUGAAGACAGAUUCAACAGAGCAUAGAAACCAAUUAGGGGGAAUGGGCCAGAAUUGGUAUGGGAGGCACCUAUUUCAUUCAAGAAGGUGUGAAGCGGCUGCUAUUAGAAGAGACAGUUCUGUGAGUGCUACUCACCAACACUGUUGCUUACUGGAGACCUUCACUGUCAUCUGACAGAGGUCGCAAACAAGGGGAGGCCACUGACUUUGCUACAUCAGCAAGACUGAUAUCUCACCGUUUUUCUUUUUUUUUUUCCUUUUGUCCUGCUACACAAACUCUUGAUAAUGACUUGUGGCUUGUUUUUAAUACAUUAUCUGCACUUUAAAAUGUCUUUUCUUUUGAGCACAAACAUAAAUUUACUUUAAGAGUGGCAUUGAGCCAUUAGAUAUUCAUUCCAGUCUUGGUCCACAUGCUGAUGGAAAAAAGUUGUUUUACAAUUAGUCAUUAGUCUCAUUUGCAUUUCAAAGUAAGAUCAUUUUCAGUGAAAGAAAAAAGUAAUUAAUUUAUGCACUUUCACAUAGACGUAUUCAAAUAAAACUUUGAAUAAUGAGGCUUGAUCAAAAUAUUUCUGCCAUAAUCACAAAACUGCAGGAAAUCAUCGAAGCCAUUUGUGUAAAAAUAAGAGCGAAAAUUACA